CUACCUCUCGACAACGACACAUUGGAUGAUGUUGCGUCUUCAAGACUGUGGAGAGUAUGCUUGAUGCUGUGGUGGAUGGCGCUUGCUUUGCUCGAUGAUGGGGCUGUUUUGGAUUUUGAUCCUUCUUUGUUGGCGGCUUCACUGUUGAUCUUAUUUGUGACAACGGGGCAAGUGGGUUUCAUCGAGAAGCGUGUGAGUGAUGGACCACAUACACUAACGAUUCUAAUAGAGAUUGAAGAGGUGUAUUCACUGUUUGUGGUCGGCAAGAGGAGAGGAGACUGUCCUAUGACGGUGAGAAUGAAAGAUUUGGAAGAGUGUCCGGAGCUGGGAACUGUAGGAGAUUUCUUGGCUUCUUCUUUAGAUGUAAAUGCUUCUGUAUUAGUUAUUCAAAGACAAAUACAUUCAAAUGAUAACUUACUAGAUAAUUAG